AGUUGUCUUACAGGAGCUACAGAUCUGUAUUUGGUAGGUAAAUUCAGUUGUCUUGCUUUAACGGCUCGACAAUCGGAUUCCGUUAAGGAUACUCUUCUAGAUCUUUAAGCCAAAGUGAACUACAUAUAAACUUUUCGAAGUGAAUUAUUCCCUCAUAUAUGAAGGUUGAUUAAUGGUUUAUCAGUUGGCUAACGCCUAUUUGCAAACAAGCAAAAUGAAGCUUUUUGUACUGAUGUUAGUUUUUAAUGUCUAUGAGAGUAUAGACCAAAAUCUGGAUUUAAAGCUUUAUGUUUCUGAAAUGAAAACACGUAUAGGAUGUUUUAGUGAUCCAUAUGCCGAUAGACUUGAUGACACCGUUUUAGAGUGCCCACCACUUCGAUAUGUCUUUGUUAGCAGAGUAUUUUAUGGAGUAAAAGAGGAGUUCAAUAAAUGUACAUCCAAAUUGAAAAACUCGAAGGAAAUUAAUUGUGGCACAGAAGGUCUUGAGUUUACGUUAAAUCACUACUGCGGUGGAAAGCAAGUCUGUCGUUUGGAACCUAAACAUUCGGGAUUAAGUAGUUUAAUAGGUAUUCCGAAAAACCCCUUAUGGAAAGGAUUACCAGCUUAUAAACGUUUGGCGGAUUCCUUUUGUAAAAUUUACAAUCACGCCGAAAUACAUUACCAUUGCGUUGGAGCAAUAAAUCUGGCAAAUUUCGGUCAAAAUCUCGAUUUACGGUUCAUAAAUGACAUAGAUCUUAUAUUUAGAUCUACUCAACCAUUGGUGUUUGAUUUCAGUCAAACUUUCGGUGGUUUAUUACGUAAUCCAUUGAAAAAUCACAAUGGAUGCUACGAUAAGGAUAUGCAUAUGAUUAAGUUAAAAGAUAUGCAUACGGGAAAUCAAACAAUUGUAAAUAUUUGUGAUCCAAGAAAUUCUAUAAUAAAGAUGGGAUUAAUCGUUAGAUUAAUAAUUGUAAAACGCUUCCCGGAAGUUGUUGAUUGGCAUCAUAAUAUUCCAAAAGGUUUCACUUGUAAUAAAACAUGUAGGUCAUCUCAUUUCGUUUAUAUUACAAAACAAGAGGAUAAAACAAAUUUCGAAAGAAUUGAAAAUACCAAGAACACACAGGUUGCUUCGUCUUCGAUUAUUAUUUAUAUUGUGGCUUCAGCUUCAGUGAAGUCGUCGAAAAAUGUUAGACCGGAAGUACUCAUCGUAUAUAAGGAAAAAUGGAAGUCAAUCUAUGGUGACUAG